AUGGGGCAGUCAGUCCAUUCAUUUGCCAUCAGUGUGCUGCUGUUGGUUUUGUAUCCCACUGCUGCUGUUGCCAGCAUGACUGAGGAGCUGGCUAAAUGUCUGGAGGAUGACGAUAAUUAUCAGCUCAUGGAGACAGUGACGACUGGCCUUCCUCAGAUCAAGAAGUCUCAUCAUGUUAUUAUUGUUGGGGCUGGGAUCGCUGGGCUGACGGCUGCCAAGCUAUUGGAAGGUGCAGGACACAAGGUAACCAUCAUAGAAGCUAGUCCUCGUGUGGGAGGAAGGGUGGAGACCUACAGGGAUGAAGAAAAUGGCUGGUAUGCUGAUUUGGGUGCAAUGAGGAUACCGAGUAACCACCAGAUCAUCCGCUGGUACAUCAAAGAAAUGGGGCUCAAGCUGAAUCCAUUCAUCAUGUAUGACUCCAACACUUUUUACUUGGUUAAUGAACGGAACAGGACGAGGACAUACGCAGUGACAGCAAACCCCGACAUCCUGAAUUAUAAACUGCCAGAGAGGGAGAGAGGGAAAUCAGCUGACGAACUGUUGUGGCAGGCUUUGCAGAAGGUAUGUAAAGAUGUAGGAGGAAUUCAUGGCACUUUUUAUACAGAGUAUGAUGAAAUAACUGGUGGGACAGAUCUCCUCCCCAAAGCUUUUCUCUCUUUCAUUGAUGCCCCCAUCCUCUUCAACUCCAAAGUCAAAUUCAUCAGCCAGUCAAAUGAGGGUGUAACUGUGUCAUAUAGAAGAAAGGGCGAGUCAGCUUUGACAUACAUUACUGGUGAUGCCGUCUUAGUAACAACCACAGCCAAAGCUGCCCUCUUCCUGGAUUUCUACCCACCUCUCUCCAUCCAGAAAAUGGAGGCAUUGCGGGCUGUCCACUAUGAAUGCUCCACUAAAAUCAUCCUCACCUUCAAGAGGAAGUUCUGGGUGGAUGAUGGGAUCCAUGGAGGAAAGAGUAUCACAGACCGGCCCUCUCGUUACAUCUACUACCCCAGCCACACUUUCCCAAGAAAUCAAACAAUUGGUGUCCUCUUGGCUUCCUACACCUGGGCUGAUGACGCCCAGUUUUUACAAGCUGCAACCGAUGAAGACCUUAAAGAGCUAGCAUUGAGAGAUUUAGCGAAGAUUCAUGGUGAGAAGGUGUGGGACCUCUGCAUUGGGGUUGUGGUGAAAAGGUGGGGCAUUGAUCCAUACAGCUUGGGUGGCUUUGCUUUCUUCGCGCCGUACCAACACAUAGAGUACGCAAAGGAGCUCUUCAGAAGUGAAGGCAGGGUCCACUUUGCUGGGGAGCACACAGCUUUCCCUCAUGCUUGGAUUGAGACAUCUAUGAAAUCAGCUAUAAGAGCAGCUAAAAACAUCAGCGACGCUGCACACAAGGAGUUGGCUAGAAAUCAAGAUCGAAAUGAGCUCUGA